UCGCGACACAGUGUAGUUACCAAAGCCAAAUUGCUGGCAUCAGUUGCUUGUACAAUUGGGUCGGUGGAGUCUGGGUGUUGUAUAAUGGCGUCAUUACACUAGUAAUGUUUUCUACAUUUUGAAGGAGCUUUAUGUUAAUAAAACGUCAUCUUAUCCUAGGUUCACUCUCACAACUCUUAUUCCCGGAAAUCCAUACAUUUUAUCAAUUUUUGCAUGGAAUUUGAAAGGACGGUCAGAUGCCACGGUUUUAAAUGUAGACAUGAUUAAAACUCUAGAUACCAGUUUAAAUGCAGGGCAAGGAACAUGCAGAAAGAAAGAUGCAACAAGUAGCAACUAUCGGGUCUAAUAUUAAUAAUCAAUUUUUAAAGCCACCCGAAGUUAUAUCACAUUUAUCACUCACCUUAAGAAGAGAUAUUCCGGUUCGAGCAUAUUUGAAUCCAUCACAAAAUGCGUACUUUAACAAUAUACAUCAAUCAAGUUUACCAAAGCACAUUAAAAAUCAAGUGUUUUCUGGAUAUAAUUCAUUAGUCAUCGGAAUGAAUACCAAACAAUCUCAUGUAUCAAUGCAACAAUUUUUGAGCAGAUCGACGAAAUCAAUGUCUCUGGCACCAGAAUCCUCAUCAAAUAUCUUUUCUGCAGUAAAUUUAAAUAAUUUGGAGCAAUCAAUACCAGAUUCCGGCAAAAGAUAUGAAUGUAAUUCUUAUGAACAAGCAAGCCGAAGAUAUAAGCAUAAUAAUUUACGGGCGAAGGGUCAAAUUAGUACCAGUAUUUCAGACGACGAGAUAUCAGCUCAAACUCCCCUAAUGUCUAAGCGAGAGAGUACUGUAUGACUAUAAAUUAUAUGCAGGGUAUAUAACACAACCCUGUAAUGAAGAGUAUAUAAAUACUAAUUAUAUAAUAGAAAUGUUCAAUAAUUUCUUUAGAUCUCAAAUUUUAGCUGUGGUGUUAACCAAAAAAUAAAUUCUAAAAAAAUCGUUUUAUUAGCA